UGUGCACAAUGAACUUGAAAAUAUUCUGCGCCCUUGUACUCCAGCUUCUGCUAGGCGUACAAGUGUGCUUGAGCCUCUAUAAAAUGUUUCUGGAGUUCGAUCGUUAUGAAAUCGAGUAUAGCGUGAUCGGAGACUUCUCCAAAGUUCGCGUUCGGAAAUUCAAUCGGACAACUCCGGUCAUCAACGGGUCAUACGAUCUGGCAGUUGAUUUGGACGACAACUACGAGAUAGGAAUCACCUGUUCCCGAAGCGAACUGGGCAACAACCAGUACAAUCUGUUUCCGAUGAAGCUGACCACUAUGCCGGUUUGCGAUUUUAUCAAUGCUUACGGUCCAGACUACCAGUGGAUCUGGGAGAACAAAUCAAACUUCAUCUAUGUGGGUCCCGAAGGGGUCUGUCCCUGGCCAAAAGGCACCUACUGGGUGAAAGAUCUGGCGCUGGAUGCGUCACUGCUACCUCCGGUUAUUCCAAACGGAUAUUAUCGGUGCUAUUUGGAUGUGAAUCUGGCGGCCACCAAGGAACUUGUUCACCAUCAGGCGUACUAUUCCAGAAUCUACCGAGAGUUGACCAAAAAUUGAAGAUAAUCUGAUUGCUUAUUACCGACUGUAGGCUUGAACGGAU